AUGCCUGCUGCUGGAGGUCUUACUGGCGGUCACCCGCCCUCUGUUCGUUCCCGCAACAUUGCCAUCUUCAGUGUGAUCGGAAUGAUCGCCGGCGGUUGGAUGUUCUUCCGCGCCCAAUCGCCCAGCAAGGAGGAGAAGCUGUAUUCGCAAAAGGACAUCCAUACCAUGGUUGGCGGACAGACGGGAGAGAACAGAGUCGGUCGUGCACCGAGCCACCAGAAGAAGGAUUAA